GUUUAUUUUUCCGGAUCAGUCAGUCAUUUAAAAGCAAGAGGAAAGGCAGUGUAAAUUUUUUUCCCCUCCUUUCAAUAUGGGUUGGCUGAUGAUCGUAGUGUCGGUGCUCAUUCCCAACAUCGGGGGCAUUGUUGGAGGCCUGGCGACGGCAAAGAGCAUCAAGAAUUGGUAUAAUAAGGAGCUUAAGAAACCAGAGUGGCGGCCCCCAAACUGGGUGUUUGGCCCUAUGUGGACCUCCCUCUACUCCACCAUGGGUUACGCCGCCUAUAGGGUAUGGCUGGAGUACGACUCGCCAAGUAUCCUCAUCCCCUGGCAGUUGCCCUGGCCCCUAAAGCUGUUUGCGCUGCAACUUGUUCUCAAUUGGCUGUGGACGCCGAUUUUCUUCGGCCUGAAAAAUAUCACACUGGCACUACUCGAGAUCAUACUCCUCGACGCGGCCGUUGUGGCGACAGGCUGGGCGUUUUACCAAGAGGACGACCUGGCUGGCACUCUCUUCAUACCCUACAUGCUGUGGCUCUCGCUCGCCACGGCCCUCACCCUCUGCAUUUGGAAGAUGAACCCACGCUGGCGGAAUGGAGUGCCGGCCAAGGAGAAAUAAGAAGGGGGUGUGUGACGGACGAGGCCGGUUACUCGAUGUUUCGUUGCCAUUAUUUUACCUGAUUUUCUUGACAAUGAUUUUGAGAUGGAAAGGAUAAUAUUGAGGAUGUUAAUGAUGAAAAUAUUUGCAGUGUUGGCUUGUAAAGGUUGAGGUGACGUCUAAGGAGGAGCAGAAAGCGAGGAGAGAUAAAUAUCUGCCGUUGCAUAAGAGGU